UAAUCCAUGUGACGUGUCUGGGUUACCUCUUCUGGCUGUGACUGAACUGAAAAAUAGCUUGUUGCUUGUGCAACACGAUAGCCUUACUGUAAAGUAGUUAGUGGUGAGAAAAAGUAAUUUCUGCCUUAACGAUUUUCUAUUUUUAAUUUCCGACCAGAAUGUUUGCAACUCGAUAUUACCUUUCACGAGAGUAGUUCCGCGUGGGCCGUUGGAAGUCUCUUGCCUGCGCGCGGUGACAAGUACAUCUGGAUGCGACAGAUCGUCGACAGAAAGUGCCUUGUCAGACAUCCCUACUUGAGCUGCCUGCCUGCACGUCUCCUCCACCAAGCAUGCAACAUUCCCUCCCUCUCUGUGACAGAAGAUAGCUCAACCUCAGCCCCUGCCCUACCAACUCAUCUUUAUCAGGCUCUGUCGCUGCGCGGCCUCAGAAACCCAAGCAGAAAGAUUUAACUGCAGUGGUUGGGGGAACUGGCUGGACGCUCUGCCAAAACAGAGUGCUGACUGACUCAUUCGGAGAAGUUUAGUCAAUACCCAACCCACCGUCUGCACAAAUUUAUAUUCUCACCCAAGCAGUGCCAUCGCCCUCGAAAUAGCACCGGUUUCAAUUAUCUUCCCCGCCCCCCUCCCCCUUCCUUCCCACUACCACCACAUUCGGACGGUCCGUCAGUCCACCCUGCCUCUGAGCAUGCCCCCGUUGACCUGUCAAUGGCCUGCACCUGGGACUAACUGAUUGACGAGCGACGUCUCUUGAUUGACAGCUUCUCUGAUAGCCGCCAUCUCCCAAGCUACACCGACAUCCAGGUUGCAAGUCCACCAACUCUGCUGCUCCGAAGUCCGCAAGGGCAAGGUUUUUUUUAAGCACACUGAAGAGCCAUUAGAGAAUAGCCUCUCCUUCAAGUGGCUAGCUUUACCCCACCCCGGCAUUGCUAUGGCUUUAAAUAUUGCUUCGAUGCGAGACACAAAAUGGCUGACGCUGGAGGUGUGCCGACAGUUCCAGAGGGGGACAUGUUCGCGGAGUGACGAGGAAUGCAAAUUUGCGCACCCGCCCAAAAGCUGCCAGGUGGAGAACGGAAGGGUGAUUGCCUGCUUUGACUCGCUAAAGGGCCGAUGUACGCGGGAGAACUGCAAAUACCUCCACCCCCCGGCCCACCUGAAGACCCAGCUGGAGAUCAACGGCCGCAACAACCUCAUACAACAGAAGACUGCAGCAGCCAUGAUGGCUCAACAGAUGCCUUUCAUGUUCCCUGGCACAACCAUGCAGCCUACGAUGCAGUCGUUUCCUAUUAGCCAGGGGCUGGGCUCCAGCCCGGGGCUGAGCUACGCUCCCUACCUGACCCACAUGACCCACAGCAUGGGCAUGAUGCCCAGCGAGAUGCUCCAGCCCAGCACCCAUAGUAUCAUCGUCCCCGGCAGCCAACCCUGCUCGAUGCAGAGCUCCUCCUCCAACCAGAAGCUUCUACGCACGGACAAGCUGGAGGUGUGCCGGGAGUUCCAGCGGGGCAACUGCGCGCGUGGCGAGACGGACUGCCGCUUCGCUCACCCCAGCGACAGCCCUAUGAUUGACACUAGCGACAACACGGUGACUGUGUGCAUGGACUACAUCAAGUCACGCUGCUCCCGGGAGAAGUGCAAGUAUUUCCACCCGCCGGCCCACCUGCAGGCCAAGAUCAAGGCUGCGCAGCACCAGGCCAAUCAGACGGCCGUGGCCGCGCAAGCUGCUGCCAUGACUCAGUCGACUGCCAAAGCAAUGAAGCGACCCCUCGAGGCAACUGUAGAACUGGCUUUCCCCCACGGAUGCCUGCAGCCCCUACCAAAGAGACCAGCACUUGAGAAGAGCAACGGGGCCAGCUCACUUUUUCACCCCAGUAUGUUGCACUACCAGCAGGCCUUGGCCAACGCACAGCUGCAGCAGCAGACGGCUUUCUGUGGCUUUCCCACAGAUCAUCCUGAAGUAACUGUCAGGGUGGAAAUGGAGUGUCAAGAAGCUGCACUACAAAGCCCAAAACAGCCCUUCUUCUGUACAUACUACCUUCCCCUUCCACUACAACAACCUGCAUGCUAAGAGUGUAAUACUACCAAUUAACCAUAAGACUUGAGUGCUGGUGUAAGAUGAUACACACAACAAAAAUAUGUAUAUGUAUUGCUAGGAAACUAUUGCCAUGACAAUUAUGACAAAAAAAGAAUAUGUACUGAACUACAUACACUUAGUGGAGAUAUGGCGAUGAGUUCAUUUUAACGAUUGUUUUCUCUUAAAGUAAUAUGGGUCCUUUUUAUAUUUUGUUUUCAAAAAGGAACCUCGGUCUGCACAAAUGUUCACCCUUUGAAAACACCAUAUUUGCACUAUAAGAGAACUAGUGCUUAUUGUCAAAAGUGCUUAAUUGUUUUAAACAGGAGAGUCACAGAGAAGCCCCUGGUUGCAACUGGCGCUCCAGACCAAGCUAGAAGGGAUUGUUUUACUUUUUGUUUGUUUUAAUUAUUUUAAAAAGACAAAUGUUAGGGAAGACGACAUGUUUACUCAAUGACUGUCCUCCUAACGAUGGUUUGAAUGCGCUCCCCCACCCCAUCACCACCAUCCCUUUAAAACGGUGUGGCAUGCGCUCCAUAUGAACCAUUUGCCAACAUUUAAUCUCUGGAAAACCAACGGCUUGCCAAACGAAAGUUAUCGCGACAGACUAACGGACAGAAGCGAUCGGAGUCGAUCUGCAAGGAAACAGACGUGGAACAGCUUCGUGGCCAAAACGUGCAGUCGGGCCUCGUUUUUGUGCACUUCUGGGGGAAAAGAACCUAGAAUUUCGAUUUCUUUUCCUUUGUUAAAUUUCAGUUUUACUUUUGGAUGAGUGCUGACAUUUGGGGGGGGAGCCUCAGAGGGAUCGGUGUUGGGGAGAGUUAUACUGGGCAUCAGGGAGUGCUACUAGCCUAUAUGGCACCAGUUUGUGUGCCAAGGGCUUAACGAAAGCUUGCGGGUGGCCAAAAGCAUACGGCGGGAGGGAGCCUCAGCCUGAUGGGCCAUGCCAUGGAUGGAACAGACUGGAACAGACCGAAUGUCAAGACCACAGGGACAAGGCCUUUUGGGGAGUGGGGCUAGAAGGAGGGAUAAGGGUGAGAUCGGCGAGGGGUGAAACAAAUGCUACGACUCAAAAAGGUGCAUUCGAAGAUGCUAGUCAUCGGUGUGAGAUGACGUGAAGUUAUUGACUGGAGGGCUAUCUGUGACUGUCAGUCGUCACCCUGCUAUCACCGAGAAUCCUGUUUCUAUUUGAGAAAAACUGUAGAAGUGCCUAAAAAUCCUUUAACUUUAAAACAACAAGCAUCUGGAGAAACAUACUUUGUCAAAGAAAAAAUAAGAAUAUACAAAAGGAUGGUUCAAGCGAAGUUCCCAAUAGUAUGUUGACCUAUUUAGAGAAAAGACUAUUCACUUUUCAUGCAGAUGCCAUGGUUAAAGCAGUACCCUAGUGUUAUUGUAAACAUAUAUUUAACACGACAAAAAGUAACUUUCUGAAUAGAAAAUAUAUAUAAACUAACCAAGAUAGCUUGGUAGAAUGUUUGUUAAACAUUUCAUGAUGUAAUAUUUUGUUCUUACCAUAGGUUUUUAGUAGUUUACAUUGAAAAAAGUGAUUGAGAAUACAGGAAAUUGUGACUUGUGUGUAAUGUAUGUAACGUGUUUCUUACUUUGAGAGUUUAUAUUCAUGGUUGUAGCAGCAAUGUAUUCACAUUUAUUUCAAUUUGUUUUAAGAUGUUAAGCAUCAAGAUAUGUGUGUCACCAGAACAAUCUGUUAUUUUAUGCCAUGAUAUAGUUAAUUGUGUACUAGCAUUGUUUUAAACCAACCUCCACGUUAUUACCUAAUGUUUUAUGAGAUGUAUGCAUUUCGACUCUAAAUCACAUUUCUUGACACUACACAACCAAUUAUUUUCCUUGUGUAUGUGUGUUCAACAAAAAGGAUCAGAAUCAUGACAUAUUUUCAUGGCGCUUGAUCAACAGACAAUCCACAACGAGACACCUUUGGUUCAAAAAUAAUAAGGCACUGGUCUUAGUAUUUUUGUUUUUUGUUUCUUUUUGUUCACUUUCACUGAGAUUUUCUUCUAAAAAGUUACAGUUUUAAUGUAAUUCUUGGUGGAAGGUGAACGAAGGUAUUUUUUGGUAACUUAUCGUAUUUUAUUGUUUUGUCAAAUGAGUCAGAAUGAUGUAACCUACUCUAUUUUGAAAUGAAUGUAAUUUAUUGCGCUGUGCAUCCCUACAAGUUUGUGUCUCUUUGGUCAGCCAAUGAGAUGCAGAUCAGGAGCAAGGGGGUGGAGUCUUAAAAAGCCACCAAUAGAAAGCUACUGGAUCUCCCUUGUCUUGUCAUCAACACAGUUCAUCGCAUUACAGUAAUGAGCAAGGCUUUAGAAUUGCUUAUUGUUCAACAAAAAAAAAGAAAAUAAGAAUGUUAAUUGUAUAGGUAACAUUUUACCCCAAAAAAUAUUUAAAUAUGUACUUUUCACUAUUUCAUAAUAUUACGUUGUUGCUGUGGCAACAUAAAGUUGCAAUUACUAAAGUUCUGUAUUUUUGUAAAUUAUGUAAUCGUUAAGUUGACUUUUUUUUCUAGAACACUGCACACAUCACUAGAUUGUAAAGCAGAUUUCAACAUUUCUUAUUUGUCGUGAUUAUGACAAUUUUCCUUAGCAGGCUCUGUAAAGGUAUAACUUUAACACUUAAGAUGUAAUAGACAAAGUUACCAAUGUUAUUUAGGAUGAAAUUAUAACAAAUUAUCUAUUAAUUGAAUAGUUAAGAUGUACAACUAUUCCCCUGAGAAAGGACCACUGGUUUCAUGCACACCAAUGGAAAAAUAUUUAUGAAUGUAGUUUGUUAAAUUGUUUAUCAUCAGUUAAGGAUUGCACUUCUUCCGGUAAAGUAAAACAUUUCAUUAUUACCGAUGCCAUACCUAAUGAAAUUUGCAAAGUUAUUAUACACCAGUAAUUCUGUAUAAUAGUCACUACCUGUUUGUAUCAGAGAAAUAACCUUUGAGCAUCUUGCAUGAAAAAAAGUUUUUAUUAAUAAACAAUAAUUUACUGAAUGUUUCUAGUUAUACCGAAAAACACAUUGUCUGCACAUGAGACAAAAAUCCAAGUUGUCCUCGAAUGGGAUCCAUGGUUGUGCCCAAAUUAAUGGAAUUGUGCUGAGAAAAGUAAUUUAUUGAAAUUAAAUGUGUUGACAUUGACUGACUGACGGUAAGAGAAAAAUUUAGAAGCACUUGGGUCAGCUGAGCAGACAGCUUAUCCAAACACUUUGCCUUAUCGUUAGUCCAUCGUGCUUAAGGUUUUAUGUUCCAGAGCUGUUAAAAAUAAACUUUUAAAGGCUAUUAUAUAUAUACACACACACACUAAAAGUUUGGGGUCACUUAGAAAUGUCCUUGUUUUUGAAAGAAAAGAAAGAGUGGUAGGCCCCGGUGUACAACUGAGAAAGAGGGCAAGUACAUUCGUGUCUUGUUUGAAAAACAGACGCCUCACAAGUCCUCAACUGGCAGCUUUAUUAAAUAGAACCCACAAAACACCCGUCUCAACUUCAACAGUGAAGAGGCGACUCUGGGAUGCUGGCCUUCUAGGCAGAGUUCCUCUGUCUAGUGUCUGUGUUCAUCUUAAUCUUUUAUUUUUAUUGGCCAGUCUGAGAUAUGGCUUUUUCUUUGCAACUCUGCCUAGAAGGCCAGCAUCCAGGAAUUGCCUCUUCACCGUUGAUGGUAAGACUGGGGUUUUUGCAGGUACUAUUUAAUGAAGCUGCCAGUUGAGGACUUGUGAGGCGUCUGUUUCUCAAACUAGACACUCUAAUGUUCUUGUCCUCAUGCUCAGUUGUACACUGGGGCCUCCCACUCCUCUUUCUAUUCUGGUUAGAGACAGUUGUUCUGUUCUGUGAAGGGAGUAGUACACAGCGUUGUACGAGAUCUUCAGUUUCUUGGCAAUUUCUCGCAUAUAAUAGCCUUCAUUUCUCAGAACAGGAAUAGACUGACGAGUUUCAGAAGAAAGUCUUUGUUUCUGGCAAUUUUGAUCCUGUAAUCGAUCCCACAAAUGUUGAUGCUCCAGAUACUCAACUAGUCUAAAGAAAGCCAGUUGUAUUGCUUCUUUAGUCAGAACAACAGUUUUCAGCUGUGCUAACAUAAUUGCAAAAGGGUUUUCUAAUGAUCUAUUAGCCUUUAAAAUGAUAAACUUGGAUUAGCUAACACAACGUGCCUUGGAACACAGGAGUGUUGGUUGCUGAGAAUAGACCUCUGUACGACUAUGUAGAUAUUCCAUAAAAAGUAGUCAUUUACAACAUUAACAAUGUCUACACUGUAUUUCUGAUCAAUUUUAAUGGACAAAAAAAGGUGUUUUUCUUUAAAAAAACAAGGACAUUUCUAAGACCCCAAACUUUUGAAUGGUAGUGUGUGUGUGUAUGUAUAUAUAUAUAUAUAUAUAUUUAUAUAUAUAUAUAUAUAUAUAUAUAUAUAUAUAUAAUACUAAAAAGUAAAAACUUAAAACAAUAUUUUUUAUUUAUUAUACAUAAAUAUAAAUAUUGUUUUGUAUUUUUUUGCGUUUUUAAAAGGUGAGGCCAAAAGGAUCAACUGCUGUACAAAAAGCAGUCUUGUGUCCUAAGCCCCAUUCGAAUACUUUAAUAACACACCCUUCCUUACUUACUUUUGGAUCUAACACAAUUUGUUAAGUUUAAGCAACAGUUCUAUCAUAUAGCCUUCUCUAAUCCAGCCAUGCCAGAAUAGGUAUUUCUUCAAGGAAGGGGGAAAGCAAUAAUGCAUUUUGUUAAAGUAUUGGAACAGGGCCCUAUUCUGUCCUUGUAGAGAGCUUGACGAUGAGAGUUGUGGCCAACAUGCAAUGCUGAAUGGUCCCUAAAAGGCCUGCAGCCAGGGUCGUAUUCACAAGGAAGCAAAUGUGCUGAAACGGGAAGGGGCUAACUGAACUUUUCCAAUAACAAAUGCUUGUUUUUGUUUAAUGUUGCAAAAUGUUUCGCUACGGUGUUCACUAUUGAAUAUUACCCGGGUAAUGAAUUGAGACUGCUUUGCUAUCGGAAAUGCAGUAUCCCAUCUACUUUGCAAAAAAUAUAGAGAGAGAAAAAGACAAGACUCUCAUUGGAUUAUUAGUUUUGAUGUAACCAUUUUUCUGUUUUCUCUGUGCGUAUAGUUUGUGCUAUUUUAUGUUACAGCAAGAUAGUGUAAAAUCUAUUGAAAUAAAGAAAAAAUGGAAAGGA